GAGGAGAAACAAAAACGAAAAGUGAAAAAUAAAUUUUAGAAGAAACCACAAGUGAGCCAAGGAGAGGAGAGAAGUAUCUAAAUAGACAAACGACUGCCUACCAAAAAUUCGUGCGCGCGCCGUACACAGCAAAAACGCUUUGCAUAGCCGACGCGUGCGUCCAUAAGUAGCUGCUGCUUGUUUUGGUCACAGAAGGUGAAGAGCACAACUCUGACACUUGUCAGUUGCAUUGGAAUUUCGCGCAACGAACUGACAGCAGCGUCCGUCAGCAGCCUCACUAACAGCCAUCGUCGCUGCAGAGAAAAUGACGUUUCAUCAGCGGUCAAUAGGCGCAACAGCUAUUGGAACAUUUCGAGCAACAUAUUUGUAAACUCAACUAUAAAUAGACGACGACGACGGCGACGCAAACAACAGCAACUACAAAAACGUUUAGAAUUCGCCAAAUACGCAACACGAGCAGUUGGUUUUUGUGUACGAAUUCGAAAAUUGUAUAAAUUGCAAGGAGUACGGAGCAAAAAAUAAAAAAACUAAGCUUUUUGAAGAAAAAGUAGAGGGGCGAGACAGUGAAAACUAGCGCGCGUCAUUGCACGCAAUAGAAUCCAGUGCAGUGUCAGCCAGCAGAAAGGCAGUUGGGUGAGAGCAGUCAUCAGUAGAUAGGCUCCGUCACACUCCCAAAGCAUUAUCCACUCAAAAAACUUGCGAUACAAAUUGCCUUGCUUUUGCUGUGCGAGUGUGCCUGUGGCACAGCGUGUUGUUGGUAAUGCAGAUGCAGCCAUAAAUUCGCGUAUAAAGUAACUUAACUCAAAUAUAGUAUAGAAAUUUGAAAAAGAAUUUGAAUUGAAUACCAGCAGUAGCAGCAGCAGAAGUUUAUAAAUUUUGAAUUUUUACGGCUAAGACAAGAUGAAGCGACGCAAUGCCGAUUGUGGCAAACUACGGCGACCAAUAAAGCGUAAUAAAAUUACAGAGGGCAUGUAUGGCAGCGCAACUGUCCUGUACAUGAAAUUCCUUGUACUUUGGGCCAUUGUGAUAACCGCCGAUUUUAUGUUUAUGUUUCGUUUUGAAUUUUUAUGGCCUUUUUGGCUACUUUUACGGUCGGUGCAUGACUCAUUUAAAUAUAAAGGCUUGGCAUUUUCUGUGUUAUUCGUAUGCAUUGCAAUAACAUCCGAUUUGGUGUGUUUGUUUUUUAUACCAGUGCACUGGUUGCUAUUCGCAGCGAGCACUUACGUCUGGGUGCAGUAUGUAUGGCACACAGACAAAGGCAUUUGUUUGCCAACAAUAAUACUUUGGAUGCUCUUCGUCUAUCUAGAAGCAGGCAUCAGAUGGAAGGAUGCACGUCAUAUGCCACAUUUAGACCUAUGUCGUCCAUUUGCCGCGCACUGUAUUGGUUAUCCGGUGGUGACGCUGGGCUUUGGCUUCAAAAGCUACAUUGGCUAUCGAAUGCGACAGCGUAAGCAACGUGAAGUUUCGAAAGAGAAUGAAUUUUAUAUGCAACUAUUGCAACAAGCCCUGCCACCAGAGGAAACAACAGACGAUCCAGCGGCAACGCAAUUGUCACCUGUAACUGGUACCACUGUGCCGGCGGUAGCCGCUGGUCCUUACAGUAGCAGCAGUGGUGCGUCUGCGGCGCAAACUGCACAAAACUCCUCCGCUUCUUCCCAUGCAUCGACAGUGACGGCGGCAAUCAGCAACGCAUUUAAUGCAUCCAGCAACUCUGCAACUGCAAAUGCAACCACAUCAGCUGCUUGCAGCGCGCUCGCCACGGCAAAUGGCUUGCUUGCAUCAGCGACAGCAGCAGCGGCGGCAGCGGCAGCGACGUGUACUAGCAGUAGUACGAGUACGCAAGCACAAAAUCAUCAUCACCAGCAUCAACAACAAAAUCAUAAUCAUCAUCAGCAGCAGCAGUAUCAUCAUAAUCACAAUCAAACGUCGACAUCGUCACCGCACGAUCAUCACAACAACCACAGUAAUGCCAAUAGUAUUGGUGGAACAGGUGGUGGUAUUGGUAGUAAUAGUGGGGUUGGCAGCGGUGGCAAUUAUAAUAUAAGCAGUAUAUUGGCUAGCGUGGCAGCAGCAGCGGCGAACGCGUCAACUGGCACAGGUGUUAGUGGUGCAUCUGCGACACUUGGCGAUGAUAAAAAUUACUUACAAAUUCAAAGUGGCGGCGGCAGUAGCGGUGGUGCAUCCAUAGCAGCAGCAGCAACUACUAACAGCAAUAACGCUGGUUUUGGUGGUGGUAGUAGUGGUGCCACAUCCAAUGGCCACAUUGGCGGCAAGAGCCACCGUCGCAGUAUGGACAAAGAGAAUAAAAGUAGAAGCGGCGGCGGUGGUGGCGAUGCGGAUUCCAAACAUAACAAGAGCAACAACAACAAUAGCUAUCCAGCUGCUGAUAGUGGCAACAGCAACAAUAAUAGCUCUGGUAAAGACCGUAGUGAUUGGGAAACAAGCAGUAAUUGUCAGGCGAAUUCAACGCACCAGCAGCAAACGAAGGAGAAAAGUGAUGAUCAUCGCACGUCGAAAAAAUCGAACUCACAUACCGCUUCCGGCGCGGCGUCAACGGUGGCGAAUGGUAAUGUUUUGCAGUAUGACGUCGAUGAUGCUGUUACCGUAGAACCAGUCGAACGCACUAAAGGACGUCGCAACCGUGCACGCAAAGAUAAUGCUUCCAAGGACAAUCACCACAAUAAUUCGCAUAACAAUAGCAACAAUGCGAAUAACUCCAAUUCUCACUCGCACAAUCAUCAUCAACAGAACAACAACAAGGAUGCUACAGCAACACAAAACCAUAAUGGUACUAGCAAUAAUAACAAUAACAACAACUCCGAUGCCUCAUCGGUCUCCUCAUCCACCUCAUCAGCCAGUUCCACAUCAUCUUCAUCCUCAUCUGGAGCGUCUGCUUCAGCCUCGUCCACCAUCUCGCAUAUAGCCUCAAAAGUGGUCUCAAAAAUCUGUGAAUCAUGUCUCAAACUGGAAGCGGACGUCAAGAAGUACCGCACGGAAUUGAGUCACAUGAAACAAAUUGAAAAUGAACUGCGUCAGAAGCUCGAGUCAAAUUUGACUACGAAAUCCUGUUUGCAGGCCAAACAGAAAGAGUGUGACGAGCUCGAGAAACGCAUACAGGAGCUCACGAAUGGCCGGCACGCCGAUAUGUUGCAACUGCAGACUAUCGAGCGACGUUUGGCAGAGGAGCGUCGCCAAAAGCAAUCGCUGGACGCACAAUUAAAUAACGAGAAGAAAGCCCGCAAAAAUGCCGAAGAAAAAGCAGCCCGCCCGGAAUGUAGUGCACAGUGCAAGCAACGCAAACAGCAAAUAGACGAAGAGCUUAAGCAGCUGCGACGCGAUCUGAAAUCAGCCGAAGAAGCAAAGCAGAUGGCGGAGCAGCACGGCCGCAAAUGGGAGCAGGAGUUGCGUAUGUUUGAGGCUGAGAUACGUAAUCGCGAUUCAGCGCAGCCUGGCACUGAGAUGCUGAUGAAUGCAUUAGCCGCGAUGCAGGAUAAAAACUGUACGCUUGAAAAGAAUCUUUCGGCCGAGACGAGAGUUAAGCUGGACUUAUUCUCAGCUCUGGGCGACGCCAAACGGCAACUGGAGAUAUCGGAAAGUCGCCGUCGCUCCAAGGAGGAUGAAGUGCUUGAUUUAAAGGCAAAAAUAGCUCAACUGCUCUGCGUUAUGCCUACAGAUCAACUGCUGCCUGCCUGCGGCUCAGCCAGCGCGAGUUCUAUGUUACGUAUGAAUGAUACGCCACCGCUGCAGACAGGUCCCGGGCCUGCAUCGCCUAUGCUGAGCAGCCUCAGUGCUGCAGCAGCUGCACAUCAAGCCGCGGCGGCGGCUGCAUCAGCAGUAGCCGCGGCAGCUGGUCAUCCGCUAUCAGCACGCGGGGGUCCACCGAAUUCUGUAGCCGACUAUGGUAUGCAGCAAGCGCCGCCCGAUUAUGUAACGGCUCAGCAUCAACAUCAACACCAGCAGCAACAACAGCACCAGCAGCAGCUCCAUCAACAGCAACAGCAACUUCAGCAUCAGCAGCAACAACAGCAAUUGAAUCAACAGCAACAUCAGCAAUUGAAUCAACAGCAACAUCAGCAGUUGAAUCAACAGCAACAUCAGCAAUUGAAUCAACAGCAACAUCAGCAACAUCAACAGCAUCAGCAGCAUCAGCAUCAGCAACACCAGCAGCAUCAUCAACACCAGCAACAACAACAACAGCAACAGCAGCAGCAAGUGCCCGUAUCAGUGGGCCCAACUGUAUUUGUGUCGGCGUCCUCACCGGGUGGUGGCAGCGCUGGUGGCGGCAGCAGCGGCUCCAGUCUUGACCCGAAUGCGACUGUGUACACACCGAAGGGUGGACCUGCUGCAUCUGGCAGUGGUGGGGUUGGAGUCUCAGUAGGCAGCGCCGGUGAUGCCUGACAACAUCCUGCAUCUGUGGGUUCCGUCAGCCACCUGAUGCGACGUAACGUUUGAGAUUGAGAUUAUUAUUUAAGUUAUUGAUACAUCCUCAACAGAUACUGCAACAAAAACAACCGCAUCUACAACAGCAUGUAAUAUUAAUACAACUAUUUGCAAGAUAUUUUAAAAAACAAGCAAGGAGUGUGUUGGCAGUAAGUUAUAUGGUUUGUAAAAAUGAGAAAAAGAUGAUAAGUUUGAGGUAGACAUCAGCUUGCUAGCUUAAAGCAGUGCUCAGUGCAGUUGCAAACCAUUCAAGAAGGAAAAUACUAUUGAUAAACAAAAACAAAAAAAUUAUUAACUAACAGAGCAAAGGAUACAAAAUCAGCAAGAACAACCAACAUGAACAUGGGCAUGAAAAUUCAAAUGAACAUGAUAUUAUCUUAUUGAAAAAAAAAAACACAAGAAAAACAAAAAACAUAAAUUAAAAGAAAAAUGAAAGAAACUACAUAA